UGUCUUUGAGUUUCUGGGUGCCGGCCCAGGCCAGGACUCUCCUGCUUCUCCCCAGGCUCCAGAAACCCCACAUGUCGGGACUUAGGGUGCUUGGGCACUUCUGGUGAGACUGGAAGGAUGUAGCCACCCUGUUGUCAUGAAGGGCCUGUGUGCUGAGUGCGGCCAAGACCUAACCCAGCUGCAGAGUAAGAAUGGAAAGCAACAGAUGCCUCUGUCCACAGCGACAGUGUCCAUGGUCCACAGUGUGCCGGAGCUCAUGGUGAGCUCUGAGCAAGCUGAAGAGCUGGGAAGAGAAGAUCAGCAACGAUUGCAUCGAAAUAGAAAACUAGUACUCAUGGUGGAUUUGGACCAAACUCUGAUCCACACGACCGAGCAGCACUGUCCCCAGAUGUCAAACAAAGGCAUCUUCCACUUCCAGCUGGGCCGGGGUGAGCCCAUGCUGCACACCCGACUUCGGCCUCACUGCCGGGACUUCUUGGAGAAGAUCGCCAAGCUAUAUGAGCUGCAUGUCUUCACUUUUGGCAGCCGGCUCUAUGCACACACCAUCGCAGGCUUUUUAGAUCCUGAGAAGAAGCUUUUUUCUCACCGAAUAUUGUCAAGGGAUGAAUGUAUUGACCCAUUUUCUAAAACAGGAAACCUUAAAAAUCUCUUUCCUUGUGGAGACUCAAUGGUUUGCAUUAUUGAUGACCGAGAAGAUGUCUGGAAGUUUGCCCCCAACCUGAUCACUGUGAAGAAGUAUGUGUACUUCCCAGGCACAGGUGAUGUGAACGCACCUCCUGGGUCCCGGGAACCUCAGGCAAGAAAGAAAGUAAGUUCUAAAAGUGCUGACGCCUUGGAAGAAGCACCCCCUGUGAAAGGCUCUGAGGAAGGCAGACCCGCUCCUGGGGCAGAGCAGAGCAAUGGCCUUGGGAAGCCCUUACCCGCUCCUGGGGCAGAGCAAAGCAAUGGCCUUGGGAAGCCCCCACGGGAACUCAGUGGUGGCGAGUCUGUGCCAGGGACUUCUCCCAGUAAAGCAGGUGAGAGGGAUCCCUGUCCCCUCACCCCGGCCCCCGCUGCCAGCAGCCCAGGUCGCCAGGAACUGGCAGAUGCUCCAGAGCUCCCAGUGUCUGCUGAACAGACAGACCGGACCUCACCAGGAGUACAGCCUGCUCAGGGCGCAUCUGGCCCAGACUUGGAUUUUGACUUGUCUAGUGACAGUGAUAGCAGUGAUUCAGAAGGUCAGAAAUCUUCUUCCUCUGAUGGGGAAAGUGAGAAGAGAAGCCAAAAAAAGUCCUCAGUCACCCAAGAUGGAGUGAGAGUACCACAGCAAGGAGUUUCCCCUGGUGAAAGGGGGGCGAGACCUCCAGGCACAGGGUCCCUGGCAGAGACUGGGCCCAGCGCCCACCUGCAUGACAAGGGGCCAGACCUGGACAUGCAGGAGGAGGCUGAGCGGGACGGCCUCUGUGGCCUCGGAAAUGGCUGUGUGGACCGGAAGGAGGCCGAGACUGAGUCUCAGAACAGUGAGCAGUCAGGGGUCACUGCGGGUGAGUCCCUGGACCAGAGCAUGGGAGAGGAGGAGGAGGAGGACACAGAUGAGGACGACCACUUGGUCCACUUGGAGGAGAUCCUGGUGCGAGUCCAUACUGACUACUACACAAAGUAUGACAGGUACCUCCGCAGGGAGCUGGAGGAGGCUCCAGAUAUACGCAAGAUUGUGCCAGAGCUCAGGGGCAAGGUGCUGGCCGACGUGGCUGUAAUAUUCAGUGGCAUGCACCCAACGGACUUCCCAAUUGAAAAGACCCGGGAGCACUACCACGCCACAUCUCUGGGAGCCAGGGUCCUCACCCAGCUGGUACUGAGCCCCGACGCCCCUGACAGGGCCACCCACCUCAUCGCAGCACGGGCUGGCACGGAGAAGGUGCGCCAGGCACAGGAGUGCCAGCACUUGCACGUGGUCAACCCCGACUGGCUGUGGAGCUGCCUGGAGCGCUGGGACAAAGUGGAGGAGCAGCUCUUCCCACUCACGGAUGAUGACACCCGGCCACACAGGGAGAAAAGCCCUGCUACCUUCCCUGACAGGCAGAACAUGCUUCCAGCGGCCUUGUUCCACCCGACACCUGUCCACCCCAAGGUCCAGCCUGGCCCUGAGGUUCGGAUCUAUGACUCCCACACGGGCAAGCUGAUCAGGACAGGCGCCCAGGGCCGUGCGCCCAUGCCUCCCAGUGGUCUGUCCGUCCAUGGGGACCCCUCCUCCUUCAGAGCUAUUCAGCCACUUCAGCAGCAGAUGUUUGGUGAAGAGCUGCCCAGUGCUGGAGAUGGGGAGCAGCCUGGCCCUGCUAGAAGAGAGCGACAGCCCAGUAUGUCAGAGACGAUGCCACUGUACACUCUUUGUAAGGAGGACUUAGAGAGUAUGGAUAAAGAGGUUGAUGACAUCCUGGGCGAGGGCAGCGAUGACAGCGACAGUGAGAAGAAGCAGCUGGACGAGCAGGACAAGGCACCUCGGCCCAGAAAGCCCCAGGCCUCCGGGGCCCAGCAGGAGCAGCCUCCGGGGUUGCCUUCAUCCCGGGAGAAGAGCACCACUGGCGUCCGGGGGCCCAGAGGCCACAAGAGGAAGUUGAAUGAAGAGGACGCUGCGAGUGAGUCGAGCAACGACGACGAGGAGGGCAGUAGCUCGGAGGCCGACGAGAUGGCCGCGGCGCUGGAGGCUGAGCUGAACGACCUCAUGUGACCGGGCCUGCGGAGGUGGCCACCUACUGCCCUGUGCCAGCCCCCGGCCCAGGUCCCUUUUCUCCAGAAAGAUGUAUAUUUUGCAGAGCUCCACAAACAGAAACACAUUAUUUUGCAGAAAUGGGUGUUUUUAAGAAGUUUAACUAUAGGAGAGUCUACUUUUUUAGGUGACAGAGUUACAGGGGUCGGUGUGCUAUGCCAAAGAGCUCAGCAGAGCCUUGCACUGCAAGGUGGGUGUGCAGCUGGUUGUUGGCGCAGUAAGGGGUUUGGGGAGUUCCCUUUAAAUGCCACAGCAUAUUAUUUGGGGUGAAGACUCUGGGGGCUCCAACAAGACUUAGAACAAUGUAGCAGGAACCUGGCAUCUUGUCCUGCUUUUUUUAUAACUGGAACUGUCAGAAUUUUGAAGGAUUUUUAAGUGAAACAGAGCAACGUACAUUUGUAAAGAGCAUCAAGGGCAGGCCCAGACGGCCCGGCC